CGCCCCUUUUGGAACACCGCCCUCCCCGCUCGCCUUCUGGCAGCGGGAGGGGGGCGGGAGUGACAGCGCGGCGGGCCAAUGGCGGGGCCGGGCCUAGGCCGGGCCCGGCGGCACCGCCAGCACCCGGGCUGCCGGGGAACGGGGAACGGGAACGGGAACGGGAACGGGAACGGGGAACGGGGAACGGGGCCUCACCCCGGCACCGCCGGCGGCCCCCAGAGGCCGAGCCCCAUCUGCCCUGUACCAUGCCGAAACGGAAAUGCAAAUUCACCGACGAGCUCCAGGCAAAGUACCCCUGCUUCCGCGUGGGCCGGGAGAGAUGGGAGGCCGAAUGCUUGGUCUGCCAGGAGGGCACCUACGUCUCUGUGGCCAACAAGGGCUCUCUCGACCUGGAGGCCCACGUGCAGUCCAUGAAACACAAGAGGAACGUGCUGGGGGAUGCCUCGGUGGCCAAGCUGCCGGGCUGCUUCCUCCCUGCCGACUGCCAGCCUUUCGAUGCUGCCGCCGCCACCACCGCCGCCGCCGCCGAAACACCUUUGGGCUUCCAUGCUGCCGUUCUCAAGGACUGCUGUGAGCCCCUGGCUGGCUUGCCCAAAACUCCUGACCCCGUCUUAGACGUCUUGGGCUUGCAAAUCAAGACGGAGGUGAGGCUGGAUGAGGCGCUGGCCCCCUUUGCGUUGGACCAUGGGAUGGACCCACUCGAUGGUGUCCCCUAUUGUGGGGUGGCCCUGGGUGCGGGCGAGGCGGGGACCCCCUUCCCCAUCCAGAUCCGCUAUUUUGACUGGAAGCGGGGUGGUGUGCAGAGCAGGGUGAUCGGUGUGGAACCCCCACCGGCUGAACUGUCCCCUGGUGCCGCUGCGCUGGUGUGGGAGGCCUUGGAGAAUCACGGGCUGCGGCAGCGGUGCGUGGCCGUUGUAGGUGAAAGCCCUAAUGCCAUGCUGGGAGGGCUGGGGUGCUGUACCCAGGGUCCGGCUGAGGUGUCCGGCUUGCGGGAGCUGCUGGAAGGGGUCUUCGUUGCCACCGACUGCCCUGCGCACCUCCUCAGCAACUGCAUCCAGCACGGGGCGGACAGCCUGGAGGUAGACCUGCAGUCCCUCGUCUGGAAGAUUUACGCCUACAUCUCUGUCUACGCCGUCUGCGCCGAACCGCUCAAGGACUUCUUGGAGUUUGCCAAGAGGGAGUACCGGCGGCUGCUCCACCACACCAGGAUACCCUGGUUACUCCUGCUGCCGGCCAUCACCCGCUUGCUGCAAGUCUUCCCAGCCUUGAAGUCCUUCUUCCUCUCCCUCAGCCACCCCCCCUUUGCCAUCCGGACCUUUUUUGAGGAUGACUUCAGCGAGAUCUACCUGCAGCACAUGGCUUCGCAGGUGGCUGUCUUCGACAUGCACCUCAGGACCUUGGCGAGGGAGGACAACUCGCCCUGUGAGGUGCUGGGCGUCCUCUCCUCCGUCCGCCGCACCCUCCUGGAGCGCAAAGCCCAUGGCUUCAUGUCGCUGCGGGUGAAGGAGCUGCUGGCGGAGCAGCGGGCGGCUGGGAGGGUUGGUGAGUGCGACACCUUCUGCCGCCACGUCCAGACCCUCUACGUGGCGUUCCUCGACUACCUGGAUGCCCGGAUGAGGCCGUUUGGGGAGCUUUUCCGUUUCCAGUGGAUGCAGCUACGGGUACCACCAAUGUGGGCGGAGGUGGAGGCAUGCAUCAAGUACCUGGCGGGCCACGGGGUCAUGGUGGAUGACAGCAAGUGCUUUGACCAGUUCUGCCAGCUGACCACCUUCUUGAAGGACUGCAGGAGCGACAGCGACUUCGGCGCCCUGCAGACGCACCAGAAAUGGGUGCGUUUCUUUGGCAGCUCCCGCAGCUUGGCCGGCCACUCAGAGCUUCUCAGAAUGGCUCAGGUUUUCUUUGCCAUCCCCUCCUGCGGGGCCGAUUUUCCAAGGGGGCUUUUCCUGAUGUGAAGCCAGUGGGAUCAGGUGUGGAUUCGUCGUGGCCAGGCUACCACGAAACAUGCGGCAUUUCAAGACUUCUUUUUUGCAAUGAUAGACCUAUUGAUUCCUAUUUUUGUACAUCAGCCCACCGGGGAGGAUUUGUUAAUGGGAUUUUUAAGGGCUGUACGCUGUCUGCAGGAGAGGUGGCUUGCUCUUGUGCAAAUAAAUACCACUACGGGCUCUGGUCA